AUGGGAUUUUUCGACCACCUCCAAAAAGGAGGGGCCUUUUCACUGCAGCCCAAGAAGCCUCAGAUUCGCAAAGUCGUCCAGACCCGAACCGCUCCUCCUACCUCCCGCUCUCCCUCGCAUACGCCAGGACACAAUCCUUCCCCCCGGACGCCAUCCGUCCAGCUCAAAACUCGAGAAGCGUCUGCCAGUCGGUCCGUCUCGAGGGAUCGCAACGAUCUCCCUCCCUCAUCUUCGAAGCGCCGGCACGGCACCCCCGGCCAAGGCAAUCGCAAGCGUCAAACCCCCGAAUUGCGCCUCUCCAGCGAUGAUGACGCCAGCAGCGACUCCGAUACAUCAUCCUUCGAGGUCCGUAAACGGGCCCGGACGGGCGACAGCGCGGAGCCGGACCCUCACCGGCGCGUGCGCUCACUGAAGGCUUUCGUCGAGGACAACGGCAGCAGUGGUGGUGGUCCCAGACGGCUGCCCAUGAUCCAUGCGGCGGAGAUCACCUCGGCCCAGAAGGAAGGGAAUUUCAAGCCGGCGUUUGGAGCGUCGAGGCCGUUGCCGGAGAUUUCUUUGCAGUAUCCGAGUAACUCUCCGAAGGAAAGGUAUAACCUUGUCGUUCCCCGCGACAACGACGAUUUCAAACCCAUCGACGAUAUCGUUCAAGUCAUCGAGAUUGUGGCUCAGAAUUUCAUCCCGGAAGACGAGGUGGGCGAGUUUGACGAUGAGACGAAUGGAAUCAAGCGCCGACUCCGUCGAGCCCUGGCGCAAUCGUCCGAAGCGCAGUUCCGGGAAACGGUGGCCGACUUUAACCAUGCUAUUACACGAUUGAGGCGCAACGGGAGCAUUGCCAAGAAACUCGAUUCGAUGGGCCGUCUCAAUUUGCCGCUGGUGGAGAGGAUCUUGAACCAGAUCUACUCGCGAACCGUCUCGCCUCGGGUCGAAUCACUGCGGCAGUAUGAAAAUGGGACGGAUAACGUUUAUGGGGAGCUACUUCCUCGAUUUAUUAGCACCAUCUUCAAGGAGACGGGUCUGAAGUCCGGCCAGGUCUUUGUGGAUUUAGGUUCUGGCGUGGGCAAUGUGGUUUUGCAGGCAGCGCUGGAGAUCGGGUGCGAAAGUUGGGGCUGCGAGAUGAUGCAGAAUGCCUGUGAGCUCGCGGAACUUCAACAAGCCGAGUUCCGCGCGAGAUGUCGGCUAUGGGGCAUUGCCCCUGGGAAAACGCACCUGAUCCGCGGCGACUUCUUGAAGCAGCAGAGCAUCGUCGAUGUUUUGAAGCGGGCGGACGUCGUCCUGAUCAACAACCAGGCGUUCACCCCCCAGCUGAACAACGAACUGAUCAACCAUUUCCUGGACAUGAAGGAGGGCUGUCAGAUUGUGUCACUCAAGUCGUUUGUCCCGGCGGGCCACAAGAUUCAAGCCCGCAACCUCAAUUCGCCCAUCAACCUGCUCACAGUCAAACAACGAAAUUACUGGUCCAAUAGCGUCAGCUGGACCGAUGUUGGCGGCACAUAUUUCAUCGCCAGGAAGGAUAGUUCCCAGCUGAAGGCCUUUGUUGAAAGCCAAGGGUGA